AUGGCCACCCCGCACUUCCCCACAGAUAUCCAAGCAUCCCUCCGCCAACUCCUCGACAACACAACCUCAGGCCCAACACCCUCUAUCCCCGGCCUCGUCUACAGCGCCAUUGAUCGCAAUGGCGACAUAAUCUUUAACCACGCCUCUGGCUCAAGGGGCCUCUCACCAUACAACCGCAAGAAUCCCAUGACUCUCGACACCAUCUUCUGGAUCGCAUCUUGUACAAAGAUGCUUACGGCAAUUGCUUGUAUGCAACUCGUUGAACAGGGGAAAUUAAACCUGGAUGAUGUAGAACAAGUUGAAAAGCUUGCGCGGGAAUUGAAGGAUGUAAAAGUUCUCGAGGGUGAUUUGAGUAGUGGGUUCAGAUUGGUUGAGAAGGAGAGGGGGAUUACCUUGAGGAUGUUGUUGAAUCAUACUGCCGGCUUCGGAUACCCCUUCAGCCAUUCCCAGCUACGGGAUUAUUCUUUGCCUAUCGGCUACGACGAAUUCGCUGGCCAUACAAACGACGUCCUGGGACUCCCACUCAUAAACCAACCGGGCACAAAGUUCGACUAUGGAGUAAACAUCGACUGGGCCGGUGUUCUCGUUGAGCGUGUAACUGGUCUUUCUCUUAAUGAUUACUUCCAGAAACACAUCUUUGAGCCAUUAGGUAUCAAGGAUAUCUCUUUCUUUCCAGAUAAGGAUAUGAAGAGUCGAUUGGCGUAUAUGCAUAGACGAGAGGAGAAGGAUGGUUCGUUGCAUGUUACGGAUCAUAUAUAUCGGUUUGCGUUGAUGGAGAGGAAGAAUUCUGAUGGGCCCGAGGAGAGGUUCUGUUCUGGUGGUGCUGGGUGUUUUGGGACUGUUGGUGAUUACUGCAAAAUCAUUGCAGUCCUCCUGAAUAACGGGACAUGCCCCAAAACCAAAGCUCAGAUCCUGAAACCGGAAACUGUCGAUGAGAUGUACAAAGAUCAAAUCCCCAACAAACCCCGGUACAUCAACCAACCCUUCCAAACCGCCAAACCACAUCUCGCAAAACACAUCCCCUUCCGUCCACUGGCAAACCCGGCACAAGCUGAACUCGAAACAGAAGGAUGGGGACUUACUUUUGCACUCAACCACGAAGGCAAAGAAUCAGGCCGGAAACCUUUCAGCGCUUCAUGGGAAGGGAUUGCCAAUCUGUUCUGGUUCGCGGAUAGAGAGAGUGGUGUGGGUGGGAUGAUUGGGAGUCAGAUUUUGCCUUAUGGUGACAACGCGGUAUUGGAUGUUAAUGAUGCUGUUGAGAAAUUGGUGUAUACCGGUUUGAAAAGGACGGAAGAUAUGUACAAAUAGUUCGUUCGAUCCUGAUAAACAGUUAUAUGGUAUAUGUAUAUAACGCUCAAGAACAAAUCCUAAAGUAUUCAUAGAGAAGUAAGAAUCAUUGACCAUCUACACCAACAGCAAUCCCAGACCUCCCACCACUCCUCUCCCUCAUCCUCCUGCCCUCCAUCAACCCCUUGAGCCCUCGUUUUUGUAAUCCAAUCACACUACUAACAUCACCCGUCCAGAUCGGCCGCUCGGCAUCGGUACCUCGUCGUCUACCGCCGCGAUUACUACGGCCAAUACCGCCGUUACCCCCGUCUUCGAGGGUAUCGGAAUCGGUGUGACUGAAACUAUUUGACGUUGCAGAUGAUGCUCCAGAUGCACUGGCAUC